AUGCCUGACGAAAAACAUAUAUACGAAGCGCUACCAAUUCCCACCUACUCAGAAGCAAUCGGCGAAUCCUCCUAUGGCUCAACACCCAUAACACCCCGCUCCGAUUCCUCAAAUGAACCCGCACAUCCCGCCGAACGAGAAGGUCUCCUAGGAAAUGAUCCCGGCGCAAGAGUUCCAGUUCCUACUCGCAGAGCUGGAUAUCGCCCCCCUCCUACCGAAGAUGGCAUUUCCAAUCGAGGCAGUCUGGAAAGAGAUACGUUUCUAAAUCAACAUGGCGAGCGCGAAAGUGAAGAUGAUGAUGGGGUGCGAAGGGAGAUAGAGGAAAUGGAAAUACAAGAUCCGCAAACGCCACAAUCGGCGUGGGGGAAACGGAUGUCCAGUAUCUCUGCAUCGUUAUCCUCGCGCCUGCCAUGGAUUCGUCGGAUUAGAUGGCCGAAAUUUGAUGCGAAUUUCUGUAUAGUUAUUGGAAGGAUAUUCGCGAUACUGUUAGUCAUGGCGGUGGUGUAUCUAUUGUUUAUGAGCGACCUUUUCUCGAAUGCGGCGAAUAGGAUAGGAGGGCAGAUGUUCCCUGCGGAAAGUGUGAGGAUAUUUGUGCAGGAGAGUGUGUCGGAGGAGAGAAUUGUGAGGUGGAUGAAUAGGAUUACGGAGACGGAUCAUUUGGCGGGUACGGAGGGGGAUUACAUUCUGGCGGAGAUUGUGCAGGAGCUUAUGGUCAAGAAUGGAUUGGAGGACGUCAAAAUGGAUGAAUAUGGAGUUUAUCUGAACUAUCCAAAGGAGGGAGGAAGGAAAAUCGAAUUACUUGGGGAAGAUGGAAAUCCGGUUUGGCAAGCAAAGAUUGAUGAGCCGCAACUCUAUACAAACCCACCGAGGCAACAGACACCUGUUUUCCAUGGACAUUCGAAGGCGGGAGAUGUUACAGGCCCAUUAAUAUACUGUAACUAUGGUUCACAGGCUGAUUACAAGACUUUUUACGAUGGUGGAAUUGAUACGAGAGGGGCAAUUGCUCUGGUCAGAUAUUACGGUACCCAAAAAGACAGAGCUUUGAAGGUCAAGGCUGCGGAACCAUGGGGUUUCAAGGCUGUGAUAAUGUACAGUGAUCCGGCAGAUGAUGGGUUUACUUUGGGUGAUACCGCCCCUAAUGGUAGAUAUAUGCCCAAAGAUGGAGUUCAAAGAGGCGCAGUCAGCUUGAUGAGUUGGGUGGUCGGCGAUGUUCUAACCCCUGGAUGGGCAAGCGUAAAAGGGGCGAAACGCGUAUCGAAAGAGAAUAACCCAGGAUUGACUAGUAUUCCUAGUAUCCCUAUCUCGUGGGGAGAUGCACAAAAGCUUUUGCAGUCCAUUCAAGGAUUCGGAGUUGAGUGUCCUCCCGAAUGGAAAGGUGCAGUUCCUGAUGUUAAAUACUGGUCUGGCAAUCUUUCAACGCCAAAGGUUCAUCUUGUUAAUGAACAGGAUGAAGUUGAGCAGCAGCCAAUUUGGAAUGUUCUAGGUAAAAUUACUGGUGUCGAGCAACAGGAGAAAUCUAUUAUCGUUGGUAAUCAUCGUGACGCUUGGGUCUUUGGUGCCACGGAUCCUGGAUCAGGUACUGCGGUGUUCCUCGAAGUUAUGCAUAUCUUUGGUGAUCUUGUUUCACGAGGUUGGCGUCCGCAACGUACCAUUGAAUUUGCUUCUUGGGAUGGCGAGGAAUAUAAUCUCAUUGGAUCUACAGAGCAUGUCGAGAAGAAUAUGGAUAAACUACGAAAAGAUGCAUUUGUCUACCUUAAUGUUGAUGUAGGAGUUGGCGGUGAUACAUUCCGAGCAGCAGGCAGUCCAGUUUUCAAGAAAGCUCUUCUCCGAGUUCUAGAUCGAACAUCUGAUCCUUACCAAAAUGCCACUCUACGUCAUUUAUGGGAUGCAAGAGGAGGUCAAUUAGAUGGUCUAGGAGCUGGAAGUGAUUAUGUCGCUUUUCAAGAUAUGGCAGGAACUUCUUCUCUUGAUUUUGGGUUCGAAGGCCCCGUAUAUCCAUAUCAUUCUGCAUAUGAUAAUUUUGAAUGGAUGGCUAGUCAAGGUGAUCCCAAUUUCCGCUACCAUAAACUUCUCGCUGAAGUUUGGGCACUUCUCAUUCUCGAGUUCUGCGAUCGUGCAGUCCUUCCUUUUGAUAUCAAAGCAUAUUCACAAUCUCUGACGAAAUGGGUCAUGGAUCUGGAAAAUUGGGCAGAUAGUAAAGGUGGCAAUGAAGCGGGAAAUGUUCCAUGGUCAACAGAACCAUUGCGAGAAGCAGCAUUACAGUUUGCGCAAGAUUCAAAGAGGUUUGAGAAAUUUGAAUUGGAAUGGGAUGGAUUGGUAUUGGGGAGUGGUGGGUUUGAAAGUCCGGGGUUGGCUUCCCAUCGAAAGAGUCAUAAUACGAGGAUGGCGAAUUUCGAAACUCAUUUGUUGGAUUUGGAGGAGGGUGGUGGGAUCCCAAAUAGAACACAAUUCAAACAUGUAAUUUUCGGACCACAACUCUGGUCUGGAUAUGAUGAGGCUUUUUUUCCGGCAAUACGUGAUGCGGUUGAGGUGGGGGAUUGGGCGCUUGCGAAGAAAAUGGUGGAGAAGACGGCGAGGAUUAUUAAGAGGGCUAGUGGGAAGAUGGCGGAUGGGAAAUGA